UAACUUCAGCGUGGGCUGGAUCCUCGCGUUGCGGUGUCGACGAUGUCCAGAAGGCGAAAUUAAUUUGUGGGAAGCGGAGGAAAGGACAGUCUUGCAGCAACAUACCAAAGCUGUUUUCAGGAAGAUGGAUUCAAAGGACGACAAGCCAAACGUGUCAUGCAGCAGCCGCGUUUGUGUGCACAACCCACACCUGGAUACACUGAAAGAUGACAUCCUCUACCACUUCAGUCUCGGAACAGGAACUCAUGACCUACCAGCUAUGUUUGGUGAUGUCAAAUUUGUGUGUGUUGGGGGCAGCCCCUGGAGAAUGAAAUCAUUCACUGAGUACAUUGCUGCUGAGCUCAGUAUGGAAGACCCCAAAUCAGAGUACCCAAAUAUCUGUGCUGGAACAGACCGCUAUGCCAUGUACAAAAUUGGCCCUGUACUCUCCGUCAGUCAUGGCAUGGGCAUUCCAUCUAUUGCCAUAAUGUUGCAUGAGUUAAUAAAACUCCUCCAUCAUGCACGUUGCACAGAUGUUACAAUUAUACGCAUUGGGACAUCAGGUGGAAUUGGGCUUGAUCCUGGCACUGUUGUUGUUACCAAACAGUCUGUGGAUGCAACCUUCCUGCCCAAGUUUGAGCAGGUGAUCCUGGGGAGGACGGUGGUGCGCAAUACUGAUCUGGACCAAAGCCUGGCUGAGGAGCUGUUGCAGUGCAGCAAGGAGCUGAACCAGUUUGAGACAGUGAUAGGCAACACCAUGUGUACACUGGAUUUCUAUGAAGGGCAAGCCCGUUUGGAUGGUGCUUUCUGCUCCUACACUGAGAAGGAUAAACAGGACUACCUCAGCAAAGCCAAAGAUGCAGGGGUCUGUAAUAUUGAAAUGGAAUCAUCAGCUUUUGCUGCUAUGUGCAAGCUGAGUGGUCUACGAGCGGCUGUGGUUUGUGUGACAUUACUGGAUCGACUGAAGGGGGAUCAGCUGAGCAGCUCUCACGAACUUCUUCACAGUUACGGACAACGUCCUCAGAUACUGGUUGGCUACUAUAUUCAGAAGCAGCUGAAAACCAAAGCAGCAGGUAAAUAAGAGUAAAAGUCAUACACUGGUACACUGGGAUUUUCUCUUGACACUGAAAACAUAAUGCAAAGCAAUAACUGAGCUUUAAACAUUUUUUGUAUACAUGUAUUCCUGCUCACCAGUAGCCAUACCUUAAAUGUGUACAGAAUAAUCACUGAAUUUUUAAAUUAUGCACUGCCUUCUGCCUAAUUCUGCUUAUCCUUUCAUUGAUGUCACCAUGACAAUAAAAUGUCAAGGACUGAGUUUUGUUUUCUCUUGUAUUUUUCUUUAACCAUUUAACUCAGCUUUGAAUGUAACAUAGAAGCCUAUGGUCAUCAAAUGUCUUAAGGCUGCCUCUGUUUUAUACAGCAUAUAAAGUUCCUUAUCUGUAAAACUUGAACCAGAAUCACCAUACUCUCAUUAUUGAAAUGUUCCUUGUUUCAUUCAUGCUCACAAAAUACCCAUGGCAUAAGUGUGUCCUUGUGAUGUCAUUGGUUGUUGCAAAACUCUACAAACAUGUAUAUGGAGUAUUUCUUUUAUGCAGAAUGUAUUUUAGGUUGUUUUUUUAGGAUUGGAUUUCCGUAAUGUUUGUAGAACUUUUAGUCAGAACCUAGAAACUGUAACAAUUCCACUCAAUGUCUAAUAAAGCC